AUGCGCAAGAGAGACCGAAGCUGGGAACGUGGGGGUCCUCCGCCAGAUAUGAUGCAGCGUCCAUUUCCAUUUAACGACGGGCGUCGUGCUUUGCCCGACAGCCCUCGCAUGAUGGAGCCGCGUUCGUUUGACACGCCUAGCGAGUGGAACUUUGAGCUAAAGCGUAGUGGCAAGGUCAAAUGCCGUUGCAGCGCUACAUCGCUUUCGGUUGGCUUCAGCCGUCAAUUGCCGCUGUAUCUGGACGUGGUGUCGCUGCCACACCUGAACAAGUACAGCGAGUUCCUGCAGCUCGAGCGGCCGAACGUAAGAAGGGUCGUGUACGAGCUCAAGCCGGAGUCGAUCGCGGACGCGAGUGGCUACGGGGAGUUCCGCGACUACCUCAUCCAGGGGCGCAACGGCCACGCGCGCGCAGGGGGCGCCUCGGAGAUGGAGCCUCAAGGUUUCAAGAUUUUUAUUCUGCCUCCGGGCCAAGCCGCGCGGCAGCUUGGCUACAAAGGAGACCACAUGGUCGCCGUCCUGCGCUCUCGCUGA